ACAUUUAAACGUGGCAGGCAGGGGAUGACUGAACAGGUUGCAGACAAAGCCUUUAAAAUCCCGCACCUGAUUUUAUUAACAUCUGACUCCCACCCUCCGGUUUGCACUGCCUCCUCCUCCCAGCCCACCAAUGGGGAGCACCUAUUAUAAAAAAUGAUUAGCCUCUGUUGCACCACUUCAUUCUCUCUCUCGCACCGGCAGUAGGCGGUAUUCUAGCAACAAAAAAAAAAGAGACGAGGAAAAAAUGUGGAGUGAACCCAGUCUCCUCCGAGGCUGGCGGACAAGACCGAGGGUUCAGCCCGCUGCUGCCGCCGCUGCUGCUGCUGCUGCUGCUGCAACACCUCUGGAGGGUAUGCAGGAGACGCGGUGCAGCAGGCACUAAAGAAGACCAGACUGACUACUACAACACCGCCUGAUGGUUGAACCUUUGACAGGGAGAGAGCAAGAGAGAGAGAGAGAGAGAGAGGUGGAGAAGCUGAGGAGAAGAAGGAGGGAGACAACCGACAAGCACGGGGAUUAGGUGAUUGAACAGCCGACAGAGACCCCACAGCCUCCAGCCGCUGUUUUGGGGGAAAGGCUGAAAUAAACCAUGAUGGUGCUGAUGGAUCUGCAUUCAGCUCCAAACAACAAAGUGAGCAGAACGUCAGUCAUGGCAAGGCUCGUCCUUUCCCUCCUGCUCUUGUGUGGAUGCCAAAAUAGUCUCUGCAUGUCAUCCUCAGAGGAUCAGAAGGAGAUGGCAGCCAUCGAUAACAGCACAGUUUUCACCAGGAUCCUGGACGGGCUCCUUGACGGUUAUGACAACAGGCUCCGUCCGGGGCUUGGAGAAAACGUCACAGAGAUCAAGACGAAUAUUUUUGUCACCAGCUUUGGCCCGGUGUCUGACACAGAGAUGGAGUACACCAUAGACGUGUUCUUCCGUCAGAGCUGGAAGGAUGAGCGUCUGUGCUUCAAAGGGCCCAUGGAGAUGCUGCCAUUAAACAACCUGCUGGCCAGCAACAUCUGGACCCCAGAUACCUUUUUCCUCAACGGCAAGAAGUCUAUUGCUCACAACAUGACCACGCCCAACAAGCUGCUGAGACUGAAGGAUGACGGCACUUUACUUUACACUAUGAGAUUGACCAUAUUAGCAGAAUGCCCCAUGCAGCUGGAGGAUUUCCCCAUGGAUGCACACGCCUGCCCUCUCAAGUUCGGCAGCUAUGCCUAUCCGGUGUCAGAGGUGGUCUACACUUGGACUAUGGGAGAUGUUAAGUCUGUCGAGGUGGCAGAAGACAGCUCCAGGCUCAACCAGUACCAUCUUGUUGGGCAAACUAAAGGCACAGAGGACAUACACACAAGCAGAGGACAGUACACAGUGAUGAUGGUCCACUUCUUCCUGAAGAGGAAGAUUGGCUAUUUUGUCAUCCAGACAUAUAUGCCCUGUUUCAUGACUGUGAUCCUGUCCCAGGUGUCGUUUUGGCUAAACAGAGAAUCAGUUCCUGCAAGGACUGUCUUCGGGGUGACCACUGUGCUGACCAUGACCACACUCAGCAUCAGUGCCAGGAACUCGCUCCCUAAAGUGGCCUAUGCAACAGCCAUGGAUUGGUUCAUAGCCGUCUGCUACGCUUUCGUCUUUUCUGCCCUCAUUGAGUUCGCCACCGUGAACUACUUCACCAAGAGAAGCUGGGCGUGGGAUGGCAAGAAGGCGCUGGAAGCACAGCACCCUAAGAAACGUGACCCCAUGGUGCUGUCGAAAAAGCCCAACAACGUUUGCUCUGCAGGCGUCAACUACACCCCCAACCUCACCAAGGACGUGUCCAUCUCCACCAUCUUCAACACAACAUCGGUACAGCUCCGUGCCACUGAGACCAAGUUGGUGGACCCUAAGAAGACCUACAACAGCGUCAGCAAGAUUGAUAAGAUGUCGCGGAUAGUGUUUCCCGUCCUCUUUGGAACCUUCAACCUCGUCUACUGGGCCACAUAUCUUAACAGAGAACCGAUGGUGAAAGGAGUGGGCACCUCAACAUAAUCUUUCUGUUUUUUUCCCCUGAGACAGAGAGUUUGUGUAAGGGAAGAAGUCUGAGAGCGUGUGGACUAAAAGGAAAGGAGUUGAAAGAAAAUCUCUGCCCUUGAAAAAAUAACAAAGAAAAACAUAAAAAACAUAUCUGUGCUUGAAGAACAAAAACGAACUAUACUCAACCAUCUAAUUCAAGCACUUUGAAUGGAUGCAAGGCUGCAACAGAAUCUCUUUCCUGUUUUUCAUGUCCUAAAAAACUGCUUGAUCACAAAGAAACCGCUUCUAAGACUGUGUCGACGAGAGAGCGGGCGCUUUUCUUCUUUCUCAUCUGUCCCGCUGCAGUUUGCAUGACGCUCUCCUCAAAAGAAAACCAUGGACUCCUUUUUGUCUUGAAUACCAACUAUGUAUAUGUCAAUCACUGCUUAAAGUAUGGGAGCACACUUCAUUGCUACUACUUGAGGAAGGGUUAAAUUAAACUAGUGUAGGAGAAAUUUUGCUCCACAUCCUUAUCACAGAGGCUUGAAAUGCACUGAGCGUAUGCUAUGAAAAGAAAAAGCCUGCAAUAUAACAUCAGAAUUUGAAAAAUUUAUUAAAAAAUGUACCUCAUUCCACGUUGCGUGGAAGAAACAUUUCUUAAGAUUAAUGCUACAAGUGCAUUAAUAAUUCAGAUUUAUGUCUCGUUUUUAAAGUGAGUUUGCAGUGGGUUGUGUGUCUCUUUGUACAUCUUUACUUGAUGACUGAAAGCCUUCUGCUGCAGGCCAGGUUUCCCAGAAGCAGUCUGUGUCUCAAUGGGAAAUGACAAAAAAAAUAAAAAAAAACUACCUGGAGGUUUAAAAAAAACUCUUCAGGCAGAUUAUCAUCGCAAGAGUUUCUGAAUUUUUAAAUGAAAAGAAGCUUCUUCAUUUAUGAAAAAUUCACACGUUGACGUUUAGGGCGGCUUGCCAACAAGAAUAUUUGAAAAACUUUCUUGGCCCACUUUCACCGGGUGACUGGACAGCUGAUGGCAAUGUUCAGGACAAAUUUAGGAUUGGAUGUAUGUGCUUUUAACUGAAUUUUGAGCACGGGUCACUCAGCUAACAAACUAAUAUUCACAGUUGAGAGAGCAGUGCUUGAAACGCAGUGUGUGUCACAUACAAAUGAGCAUGCUGAGAGUCCAGAGACUGGCAUUCAGUGAGAUGACAUGGGGGCAAUUCUAUACUUAACACAAAGAUCUCCAGGGUCCGGUUCGACAAAGAUAGACUUUAGAUUAGUCAGAGGAGAGGAGGUGGAAGAUAUGUGAAAGAUGAAAAUACAAGCUAAUACACUAGCUUCCUCCAUUUUGAACAUUUUGAAAUUCCUCAAAGGUCAACACUGCUUGGACAGCUCAUUGUUGGUCAACUAUGUUUAAUUCCAGUUUCAUUGGAAUUAAUUAAUUCAGUCCUUUUUAAAUGAUGAAGCCUUUAAGCUACAAAGAUUCGGAGAAAUUAGGCCGAGUCUCGUAUGAGAAUGAUGUAAAUAAAUGUUUAAUUUUAACUCUUAUCUUUGACACAAAAAAAGUGUGUCUCAUGUUUUAAACCCUGAGAAGAAGAAAAAAAAUGUCUAAUGUUGACUUUUAAUGUUUUCGUCUGAUAACUUUCUUCAUGUUUGUGCACAUGUGUGAAAUGUUUUUUUUCUUCUAGUCGCUUGUAGAAGAUCUGAUCAAACUUUUGAUCUUUUGAAUUGAAUGUUUUCUUUCUUUCCACAUUGACUUCAUGAAAGUGGAAGCAAUGAGCACACGUUACGGCAUUUCGGCUGGAGCCCAACACGGCACAUCAUAUGUGAUUGGUUGGAACGUGAUGAGACAUACUCAGGAACUAAAGGACCCAUGCUCUCAGCGGAAGAGUUGCCUCAGAGUAGCCUCUUUUAACUCAUGGAUUUUAAACAUUGUAGUUCAAUCGGUCACCUGCUGCUGGGAGCAUUGUCCACGAUAACUUUUUGGCGCUGAAUGGGAUGUUGAUAGAAAAUCAUGUAAAGUUGACAUCAGCUGCUACUGUACCUGCUUUGCUUUGUGAAACUGGGACCUACAGCAAAUAUCUUCACGAUAUAAGCUUAGAAUUUUUUUCCAAAGCGCUUUUCUUUUGCAUUUUGGUGCCAUAAUACCCUGUCGUGUUUCUGUGCUGGUUUGGGUUUGAUGUUAAAUCUGCGUUUUUAUGUAAAUUUUUCGGUGUUGCUAUCUGUCAAAUGCACUGUGGGUGUCUUAGAGCUAAGCUAAGACAGUGUUUCAGUUCUUGUUAAAGUGCAGCAGCGGUGUAAAAAGAAUGAAGGGCGAUCCAUACAUCUGUCUGUCAGGGGUCGCCAUGGCAGCAAGUCCAGAUGAGCAGACCAGACGUCCCUUUUCCCGGUAACAACCUGCUGCUUAUACACAUUCAUAUGUGAGUGACUCAUCAUGACUGCAGUAUUUGAGUCCUUCACAAAGUUUGGCAUUAUUUGUUUGUUCUGUCAGAGCUGAACUGCUUCAUCUGAGCUUAUUUUGAGUUCUCUUACCAAAGGAAAUGAAACUGUGCUACGCAUUUUUCUCCAUCAUCAUGUAAGUAUGUGUUAUCAUCUGUCAUUUUCUCCGUGAAUUUGUUCCAUCACUUUUGACCAAAAACCUGUAAAACUAAAACAUUCCCAUCAGCCUUAGCUGUACUUUUGUUUUUUUUUAAUUUAGUGCCAGUUAGUUAGCAUUCAGACAUGUUCAACCCGAGAUGGUGAACAUGGUAAAACAAUAACUGCUGAGCAUCAGCAUGUUAGCAUGCUGACGUUAUCCUUUAGUUCAAGUGCAGCCUCACGGAGACUGGCUGUCACUAGCACGGCUGUACAUAUGUUAGCUGAUGGCCCUCCAACAAAAAAAGAGUCAAACAUACAGACCUGCUGUGAAACAAAAACCAAUACUGCAAAAAAAAGGGAAAAAAAAACAGAUUGCUGCCUUCUCCUGUAGACUAUUUUACCCGAAACAUUUUUCCCAAAAAUACUGAAAUAUUUCAGUUCAUUCCCAACAGUUAUUUCCCCUCUAAGAAUCCUUGAUAGACAUACAUACAUCUUACUUGUCACCCAAGAAAUGAGUGCUCCUAUCCAUCCAUCCAUCCAUCCAUUUAACCAUCCCUCUCUUCUCUAUUGCCCCUCCUUCCCUCCUUCAGCCACUGUGACAGACUCAUCUGCCAUACAUCUGUUAGAAAAGGGAUUUAGUUCCGCUUAAGUUACUCUCACUCGUUCAGGGGGGCCCCUUACAGCAAAGCACUUCACUCCAAUUUAAGCCCCGACUGGCCCAGUCGGUGACAAAUGCUUGUUUUUCUCUCUGUGGUGUCUGGACAGCUGUGGCUCGUGCGUGUUAGGAACAAAUUUAGGAUUGAUUAUAUGUACUUUAUCCAAAGCUAGCUCACGGGCAGUGAAGCCAACUGAAGUUUUCAACUCGGGUCUGUCAAGUGGGGAAUGUAACUUACAUGCAGCAGUCAGCUUAAAGGGACUCACACAGCGCUGCGACAGCAACAGUUGUCCGGGAAGGCUACAGACAGCCAUGACACAUGCAUGUAGUUAUUGUUUUUGAGCCUCAGUAAAGAACUUUGAUUUAUUUUGGAGGAAACAUUAAACUGAGAACUUUUGUAUUAAAAAAAAUGCAGCAAAACCUUUGUAGCUAUAGCCGGGCUGUAGUAUUUGUGUUACUCAUUCUUUGUCUUAUGUACUGUAUUUGUUUUAUGUGUUAUACUUCAAGCGAUCAAAUA